AUGAAGACUUUUGUGCUAAUUUUUCUAACUUGGGGACCCAUCCUAGUACAAUCGACUCCGAUAUUAGAAAGUAUCGAUGAAAAAUCUGAAUUGAAAGUGAUAAAAGAGAAUCUAACUCAUAGUCCAGUUCUCAAAGUUAAUGAUACCAAAGUUAAAGAAUCCGAACACAAAAUUACGAAACUUGUCGAUUCCAAAUUGGAAAUAAGGGAGAAUCUCUAUAAGGAUAAUCUUAAAUUGAAGGAUCAAGAAGAAGUGAAACAAUUCAAACUCAAUGAUAAGUUGAUACUAAAAAACAACCUAAAAUUUGAAAAAGCUUCUGACUCAACAUGCGUGGAUCGUUCAAAAAAAGACUGUAGAGCAUUGACUGGUCAAAAUGCAACUCCAACGAAAAUUUGCUUUGAAGUAACUCCUGGUAUUCAGGGUGGAGUAGAAGAAUGCAGAGAUGGACCAGAAUUUUCAAACCGUCCACAAAUACCUCAAGAAGCUCAACCCUAUUUUCAAAUGUAUCAAGAACAUCAACAAGUACCACGGCCAUUCCAAAUAAACUACGAAAUACCUCAGAGAUACAAUCAAGUUCAUCAACAAAAUUAUGAAGUACAACUUCCAGUUUCCAACUAUGGACCUCAACAAUCACCCUUUCAAAUUCCAAUGACUUGGUGCAUUCAAACAGAUGCGGGAAUGCAGAAAUUCGAUUCAGUUAUUCAGAUUGACCAACAGAGUCAACAAGGAUCAGAGUAUCAAAUGCAACACCAACACUUUUCUAAUUCUCAAAAUAUUUCUUCUAGUUAUUCUCAAAAUCCAUCUGGUUAUCCUCAAAAUCCAAGUCACCAAGGCUCAGAGUAUCAAAUUCAGCCCCAACAGUUUACUUUUUCUCAAAAUAUUCCAUCCAGUUAUCCUCAAAAUCCAUUUACUUACCCGCAAAAUUCAAGACCUCAAGUAUCAGGUUAUCAAAUUCAACAACAACCGUUUACUUUUUCUCAGAAUAGUCCAUCUAGUUAUCCUCAGAAUCCAAGUCCCCAAGGAUCAGAGUAUCAAAUUCAGCCUCAACAGUUUACGUUUUCUCAAAAUAUUCCAUCUAAUUUUCCUCAAAAUCCAUCUGGUUAUCCAGAAAAUCAAUCUGGUUAUCCCAAAUCUCAAAAUAGUUAUCCUCGAAAUCCAUCUAGUAAUCCGCCAAACGCUUUUCGUGCUUACCCAAAUUCUCCAUCAGGUUAUCCUCAAAAUCCUCCAAAUAGUUAUCAUCCCCUUAUUUCCCCAAGUUAUGCUCCACAAACUUUCCCUAGUUAUCCUCAAAACUUUCAAUGUGCACCUCCUAAAUGUUACUGUUAUCAAAACCUUCAACCAAUUUCUACUCAAAAUUCGUUACCUUCCUUCCAAAUUCCACCUCAACAGCAGCAAGAAUCAUUUUCUCCAGUUCAGCCGCAACAACAGUCUGGUUUUUCUCAAAAUGGACCACAUAAUUAUCCCCAAAACACGUUUUCUGAUAAUUCUCAAAUCCCUGUAAUCUAUCCUCAAAACCAACCAAAUAAAUUUUAUCCAUUCUCGGAUCGUCCUGUUAACAACCUUCAAUUUGAAAAAGUACAAUCUGAUAAUCAAGGUUAUCUCCCAUUUGGUGGAAAUCAAUUUGGUAAUCAAGCAAGUGUUCAAUCCUCAGCACAGGAGCCUUCCAGAGGUCAUUUUGUGCAACCUGCUAGUCCUGUUCCAACAGCUGAGGGAAACAGUCAAAGUAUCCAGCAACAAACGCCACAAAACGCAAUAUAUUUAGAUGCUCGAAAAUUACAGCCUGGUCCACUAUCUCGAAUUCUGGAUAAGCCAUCAUCAUCUUCCCAAAUGUCUGGACGACCUGGAAACACGGAAAAUUCUUUCGAAUCUCAUCCAAGGUUUUCUGGAGGAAGAAGCGAGCAAGCACCCUUCAGAAUUCAACUCUAA